AUGGCUGCUGAAUGGUUCAUGUUGCAGUUGCUUUUGUUUUACCUUCUUUAUAAGCGACACAAACAAAGAUGCAGGGUUAGAAUGUUAAAACUAUUAGGUGAAAGAAGGGCCAUUAUAUUGAGGAAACGAAAAAGACUGUUAAGAAUUAAAGUUUUGCUGCCGUUCAAGAGGCAGUGCCCUGACAGAGCUUAUUGGGUUAGACCAAGAUGUAAGGAGUGGUGGUACAGUGUUAAAGCAGGUAGUAUGGGGGAGGUGUGGUGGAAAGAUAAUUUCAGAGUAACUCAACAAACGUUUGAGGAGAUUUGUAGAGAAGUGCAACCGUAUAUAGUGAGAAAAAAUACUUAUUUGAGGCAACCAAUUUCAGUAGAUGAGAGAGUAGUUGUCACUUUGUGGAGGUUAGCUACAAAUGUAGACUACAGGACUAUUUCUGCUCUAUUUGGCAUUGGGUGCUCAACUGUGUGUACUAUUGUGAUCGAAACUUGUGAAGUGCUUUCAGAGCAUCUUUUUCACAUGUAUGUUUACAUACCAACAGGUGAAGGACAACAGAAAGUUGUUGAUGGCUUUCAAUCUCGAUGGGGGUUUCCCCAAGCCAUUGGGGCAAUAGACGGAAGUCAUAUACCCAUUAUAAAGCCAUGUCAUUGUCCAUCUGAUUAUUAUAAUCGCAAAGGUUUCUACUCAAUUAUUGUUCAAGGCCUUGUCGAUCACACAGGGAAGUUCUUAGAUGCCUACAUAGGAUGGCCUGGUAAAUGCCAUGAUGCUCGUGUUUUUCAAAACUCAUCUUUAUAUAAGAAGGGUAUUAAAGGUAGCUUAUUGCCAUGUUUGACGAGAAAGUUGGGAAGUGUUGAUGUUCCAUUGGUGAUAUUAGGUGAUGCUGCAUACCCAUUACUUUCUUGGCUUAUGAAGCCCUAUAUAGAAACACCUUCAUCACCAGAUGAUAUCAAACUGUAUAAUUACCGACAAAGUCGGGCACGUAUGGUCGUUGAAAACUCCUUUGGGAGAUUAAAGGGAAGGUGGCGGAUUUUAUUGAAGCGCUUAGACUGUCACUUGGAUAAUGUUCCAUCUAUUGUGAGUGCUUGUAUUACACUACAUAACAUGUGUGAGAAAUUUAAUGAUCAUUGGUCACCAGACUGGGUUUGCCAAUCACCAACUCAACCAGUAUCUCAGCCAUCAAACACUCAGCAAUUACCUUCAAGCUCUGCUGCUAUUAUUAGAGAUGCAAUCAAAUUAUACUUCCAACAUAACUGA